GUCCUUAUUCGAGAUUCGCCGCUCCUGUUGCCACUAGUUCGAGAUUUUAUAAGUUCGCACUACGGACUUGAGGUUUAGAAACUCCAAGGUGCCGGAUCUCACUUCCGACACUAUGCUACACUUCCGAAAGCAACAUUAGAAUGAAGAAUGAAUUAUUAAAAGAAUUACAGUUUGUAUUAUCCUCCGUGUUUCUGGAGUAAUCACAUUUAUUGUAUGCCGUCUGUUACUUUGUAACUAAUAUAAUUUGGAAUUACACAUGGAUGGAGCAAAAGUUUAUAUAUGCUAUUUGAUUGAAGAGCGUGCUUGGAAGUGGUUUUGGGACCUAUUUUUGUGAGAAGAAGAAGAUUAAAAUAGCUCAACUAAGAAGUCUCUCAGCUAAUAUUCGUUCCAAGUUAAAAAAACUAAGUUAACAAACGUACUGUAUAAAAAAAAGAUAACAUGUUUAAAAAUAUUUCAUUAUCAAAAGUAUAAAUAAUGUUUUUAAAAUGUUUUUAACUUCACAUAUUCUGUGAAAUUAGCUAAGAGGGAACAUAUCCAAAAUGGAAGCCCUAAAUUUUACUUUGAAAAAUAAAAGAUUGGAAUUGGAGCAAGUACCUAUACCAAAAGUGACUGAAAAAGAUCAGGUGUUAAUUAAAGUGGCAUAUGCUGGAAUUUGCGGUACGGACCUUCAUAUUAUUGAAGGAGAGUUUCCUUGUAAUCCAAAUAAAACUUUUACUUUGGGACAUGAAUUUGCUGGAACUGUUGUAGAAAUUGGCGCUGACGUUAACAUUUUCAAAAAAGGCGAUAAAGUAGCUGUCGAUCCCAAUAGUGGAUGUUUCUGCUGCGAUCACUGUCAUGUAGGGAAUCCACACUUUUGCAAUAACGGAGGAAUUAAUAAUACUAUAGGGAUUUUCCAGAACGGAGGUUGGGCUAAUUACGCUUUAGCACCUGUUCAUCAGGUAUACAAAGUUCCAGAUUAUAUCACUUUGGAACAAGCUGCUCUAUUGGAGCCACUAUCAUGUUUGACACAUGGAUGGGACGUUAUCAGUCCUGUGAUUAUAGGACAAAAAAUUCUCAUUACUGGUGCUGGCAUUAUUGGUAAUCUUUGGGUCUGCAAUUUGCAUUUACAUGGUCAUCGGAACGUAACAGUUUCUGAACCAAAUAGAAAGAGAUUGGAGAUGUUGAAAAAAUUAAAUACUGGUUAUAAAUUACUUACACCAGAUGAACUGAAAAAGAAUCAAGAAGCUGAUCCUAAUUAUUUGUUCGAUUUAGUUAUAGACUGUAGUGGAUAUGCACCGGCGAUUGAACAUGCUGUUUCUUUGUUAGCGAAAGGGGGAAAACUUUGUAUUUUUGGUGUUGCUUCACCACAUGCAGACAUUAAAAUUAAGCCGUUCGAUGUUUAUUUCAAGGAAUUGAAAAUAUUUGGUGUUUUAAUUAACCCCUUUAGCUUUCCAAAAUCAAUCGGUCUAAUUGAGGCCAUGGGAGACAGGUAUUUGAACUAUGAAAAUUUGGGAAUUAAAACAUUUUCUUUGAAAGAUUAUAAGGAAGCGAUUGCCUUGUUGAAGACUGGCACUAUUGCGAAAGCUAUAUUCAAAAUGUGAACCUACAAUAUUUUUUCGCCAUUAGAAAAAACUAUUUAGGAAAAACUUUAUCACAUAUCGACGAUGGCAGUUAUGUAAAAUAUAUACUCAUUCUCCAAAAAAAUAAAAAUUUCAUAAAAAUUCAA